CUGCAGAAGAAAAACAUGAGACCAGGGACAGUGCACUGGGGAAUUCCUGGUAUGGAAAGCCCAGCGCCGAGUUUGUGGGGGAGGAGCGUGACUAUAAAACAGCAGCAUGCGGCACGGGAGCUCAGUGUUAACGCUCAGCUCGUCUCCAGCAUGAAGCUUAAUCCUCAGACAGUCUGUCAGCUCACCUUCCUGAGCCUCUGCUGCGUGCUGAUCACAGUCAGAGAGUCAGACAGCGUGUUCGUCCCGGGAAGAUGUCCGUGUCUGACGACGCAACGAGGUGUCCGAGGGCAGAUGAAAGGGCUCACAGUCUUCCCAAAAAGCCCAACUUGUAACAAUGUCACAGUCAUAGUGACACUGAAGAAAAACAAUGCUCAAGUCUGUCUGGAUCCGGAGGGGCCGAUGGGCAAACAGCUGAUUCGCUGUUUUAACAGAACUCAGAAAUUGGGUCGUGACGUGAAGCUAUGUCUGAGGAGGAGGAAAGGGCGAAGGGGGAACGGUCAGCGCCAGCAGCCUCGAAACAGGAGACGUGGUCACAACAGGAGAGCCUCAUCCUCAAACUCCCAAUAGUUAAGCUGACAAAUGAUCCAGAGCUACUGCACGGAGAGGAAAGUGUCCAGGCUGACCCUUGGCACACUGUGGACUCCUACUGGAACUAGAGGUCGCCAGUGGCUGUUAAAAAACAGCACGCUGCCACUUCUCUUCCUAAAAAUGUCAAAUAUUUCAGACAUCAAACUCCCCUAAAUUGUUGCCUGAGCUGUAUAUCAAAUGCUCUCGGCCAGCAGCAGGGGUUUUAUUCUUCCUGUGCAAAUGACUGAUGUAGUGUAAAAAACUAAGCCCUGGAGGCUUGUCAUAAAUGUUAACAGUUUUAUUGGUAAAGCAUUAUUAAAUGGUCAUUGUAUUAUUAUGUGUGACUGUUACUGCAGCUGGAAAAAAACUAACUGCAGACUUGGUUGGUUAUUUAUUUUUAUAAGAGUAUGGGAAUUUUUCAGUCAUUGUUUUCUAAAUAAAUAUUUCAGAACAAUA